AUGCUUCUGCUUCGGAACAGUCCCGCCAUUGCGCGCGGCGGCCUCCAGCUGCCCUCUUCCUCUCUCUUCUCCGUCUCUCGUCGCUCUGCCUUCUCUACUACUUCCUCUGUCUCUGCUUUCCGUGCUUCCUCAUCGUUUUCUUCUCGCUCUGUGAACCCGCGAGCUGGUCUUGUCGUUCUCCCUUUGCGUUCUGCCCCUCUCGUCUCCCAGCAUCUCUCUGCCGCAUCGCUGCCCUCGCUGACCCAGGUUCGCACCAUGGCUUCCGAGCGCGCCAAGAUCAAGGUCAAGAACCCAGUUGUGGAACUGGAUGGUGAUGAGGAAAAAGUAAGCUUCGCCAGCGCCUGCACCCCCUGUCGUCGCGAUGUGGCGGCCCUGCAACGGAAUCGUGAUCACAUGCGGGGUCUCAUCCUGCCAUACCUCGACAUCGACCUGAAGUACUAUGACUUGCCUAACAGCAAGCAGGGCUUGGAAUACCGUGACCAGACCGACGACCAGGUUACCAUCGACGCUGCCGAAGCCAUCAAGAAGUAUGGCGUUGGUGUCAAGUGCGCCACCAUCACCCCCGACGAGGCGCGGGUCAAGGAGUUCAACCUGAAGAAGAUGUGGCUGUCUCCUAAUGGCACCAUCCGAAACAUCCUGGGUGGAACGGUGUUCCGUGAACCCAUUGUGAUUCCCAGAAUUCCUCGUCUCGUCCCUGGCUGGACGAAGCCCAUCAUCAUCGGUCGUCACGCUUAUGGUGACCAGUACCGGGCGACCGACCGUCUCAUUCCCGGCGAGGGCACUCUCGAGCUGGUCUUUACUCCCAAGGGUGGCCAACCCGAGACUCUCAAGGUCUUUGACUUCAAGGGACCUGGUAUCGCACAGACCCAAUACAACACGGAUGAGUCGAUCCGUGGCUUCGCUCAUGCCAGCUUCCAGAUGGCGCUUCUCAAGGGGUUGCCCCUGUACAUGAGCACCAAGAACACCAUCCUGAAGAAAUACGAUGGCCGCUUCAAGGACAUCUUCCAGGAGAUCUAUGAGAACGACUACAAGAAGGAGUUCGAGGCCAAGAACAUCUGGUAUGAGCACCGUCUGAUCGACGACAUGGUCGCUCAGAUGAUCAAGAGUGAGGGUGGAUUUGUCGUUGCCAUGAAGAACUACGAUGGUGAUGUCCAGUCCGACAUUGUCGCCCAAGGCUUUGGGUCUCUCGGCCUGAUGACCUCCACCCUGACUACUCCUGACGGAUCCGCCUUCGAAUCCGAGGCGGCCCACGGCACCGUGACGCGCCACUACCGCGAGUGGCAGAAGGGCCGUGAGACGUCGACGAACCCGAUCGCGUCCAUCUUUGCCUGGACCCGUGGUCUCAUCCAGCGUGGUAAGCUGGACAACACUCCGGACGUGGUGACGUUCGCGGAACAGCUGGAGCGUGCUUGUAUCGAUGUGGUCAACGAUGAUGGCAUCAUGACCAAGGACCUGGCGCUGGCUUGCGGUCGCAAGGAGCGUGAGGCCUGGGUCACGACGCGGGAGUACCUGGAUGCUGUUCAGAAGAAGCUGAAUGCGAACCUGGCUCAGGCCAAGCUGUAG